AUGGCGCAGGUAACUUCCAUCGCGAAUGAAGAAAUAGAGACAUUGCUAUCUCGCCUGCAGACGAAGCAGACCGUACAGUCGGUCCUCGUUCUUGAAAGACAGACUGGCUCCAUAAUCCGCUCCUCCGGUAGCAUUGCCUCUCGAUCCAACGAAGACUUGGUCACUGAGUAUGCCGGGAUGGUAUGGAACUUUCUCAAGUCGGCAGAGGACCUUGUGAACGGGAUGAACGAAGAUGAUGCUCUCAAACUGCUCCGAGUUAGGACGAAAAUGCAUGAGCUAUGUAUAGUGCCAGAUCCUAAGUUUUUGUUGAUUGUUAUACACGAUACCCCGCAGGCUUGA